AUGAGUCGCUUCAAGGAGUGCAUUGCCGUUAUUAACACACGCAGUGGGGCGAGGGGAGGCCCCUCGGUGUUUGCUAGCGCGCUUCAGCAAUAUCUUGACAAGGCAGGCAUCAUUCACCACGAUGUGCGUGUGCCGGAGAAGAACAUUCUGCAUGCCGUCAAGUUGCACGCAAACACGGCAGAUGCGAUUGUUGUCUGUGGUGGAGACGGGACGUUGAGUUCUGUCGUGAAUGUUUUGGCAGCCACCCGCCAUGGGCCGCUACUUAAAAUGCCGAUUGUGCCUGUGCCCUGCGGGCUGCAGAACUCCAUCGCGGUCUCCCUUGGGGUGCUUUCGGCCGAGCGGUCCGUGUCUGCCUUUGUGCUGGGGCGGCUGGAGCCGAUUCCGCUUUGGGAGGUGCGGGUCAACGGGGUUCUGACGCGGUACAUGGCGUCCUACGUUUCCAUCGGCGCCUACGCGAUGUGCGUUCGGCGCCUCCACGACUUGGAUGCUGUGGGGGAGAACUACGUGGCCUUGCCCACCGUGCGAAACAAGUACAAGCUGGGCGCCUUCUACACGGCGAUGCGGGGCGAGGCGGUUCCAUUUACUGCCGUUCUGACGACGACGGCGGCGGCGACAAAAUCCCAUGUGGAGAUUGGCCCGUCGGUGAAGCUCUUCGUGGCCGCACAGAUGCCGCUGCAACAUGCCCGCUACUCCCUCACACCAGCUGCAACCUUUAAGCACGGCACAUUGGACGUCACUUAUGCCUCGGAGGCGGCGUCAAGGCUGCGUCUGUGGCAUUUGCUGAGUCGAGAGGCCGCGGAGGGCGUAAUUAUUAAUGAGGACGGUGUCUGUGAGUGUCCUGGGGUGGCUGAGCUGGACUGCUGCAUCAACGACGUGCCUGAUGCAGCGGAGGACGGCGCCUCCGCAAGGGUUCUCAUGAUGGUUGACGGGGAGGCGGUGCAUUUGCUUCCCGGCUCAAGGGUCUCGUUGCGGCGAGCGCCUUGUGAGGUGAUUUUCGCGUCUUGUUGA